AUGCCCCCCCGAACCUCGCUACAGGCAUUCCUGGCAACGGCUCGCGCGGCACUUACAGCCCCUCCAUCGAAACGAACAGCGCCUGUGACCUUUGUGGUGGGCAAUGAGUCGGCUGACCUCGACUCUCUCUGUUCAGCCCUUCUGCUAGCCUACCUACGCACCCACACCCCGCCUCACGCCCUGCACGUCCCCCUCUGCAACCUGCCCCGCGAUGAUCUCACCCUGCGCCCCGAAUUUACCUCCGUCCUGCGCUCCGCCGCUGCGCACCCUUCCGACAUCCUGACCCUGACCGAGCUCCCCCACCCCGAGGCCCUGAAAGCCGAGGAUACCGAAUGGCUACUCGUGGACCACAAUGCCAUGACGGGCUCCUUGGGCGAGCUCUACGGCAGUAGGGUCGUGGGCUGCAUCGACCACCACGCCGACGAAUCUAAAGUGCCCCGCGACAGCGCGACCCGCAUCAUCGAGAAAACAGGCAGCUGCGCCAGCCUAGUCACAGAACACUGCCGCUCAGCCUGGGAUGCGUUGUCCACGGACGAGCAAAUCGACGCGCAGCUUGCGUAUUUGGGACUCGGACCCAUUCUGGUCGACACGACGAACCUCACAGACAAGAACAAGACGACGGAGCACGACGUCGGCGCUGUGGAGUACCUGGAGUACAAGCUCGCGAAUAUGAAAAGUAGCGACGAUGGCAUUUAUGAGAGAAGCGCCUUUUGGACGCGCAUCUCGCAUCUUAAAGAGGACAUAGCAUCGUUGUCGCUCAGAGACGUGUUUCGGAAGGACUAUAAGGAGUGGGAUGAGGGGGCGCUGAAGCUGGGCACUUCGUCGGCGCCGCAGGACUUUAGGUUUUUGGUGGAGAAGGCGGGUGAGGGUGCGGAGGAGGCCUUGGUCGAGACGCUGGGGAAGUGGGCCGAGGAGAAGAAGGUGGAUCUGGUGGCGGUUUUGACGGCUUUUCGGACGGAGGGGGUGUUUCAGAGGGAGUUGCUAGUUUGGGGUCGGACGGCGGCGGGGAUUCCUGCUGCGAGGGAGUUUGAGAGGAAGUUCGGAAAAGAGCUGGAGUUAGAGAGCUGGGAUGAUGGGAAGCUGGAUUCUGACGGGGAUGAGGGCGAGGGAGGGUGGAGGAGGUGCUGGAAGCAGGGCCAAGUGAAGGAUGGUCGGAAGCAGAUCGGGCCUAUGUUGAGAGAAGUCAUGAAUGGGGCCAAGUAA